AAUCGCUCGCUCCUCCUCGCUCUUUAUCUCUACCUCUCUCUCCCCACACCCAAAAAACAAAACCCUCUCGCUCCUCUCUUCUUGCGACCAUUAAAGCCCGCGAAGGAGGACGACGACGAAGACGUCCCCAUCGCCGCCUCCCUUUCGAGGGUCGUAAAGGAGGAGGGGUCCAAAGUAGAAGGAAACGACGACGACGACGACGACGACGAUGACGACCAUGUUCCCCUUGCUCAAAACAGAGCCAACAAGAAGAAACCCAUAAACCCUAAUAAGGGGAACAUCAUGAAGAAGGGGGAGGCGAAGAACAAUGCGAAACCUUCUAAAGCUAAGAACGAAGAAGAAGAUGGUGAUGGUGAUGAUUUUGAGGAAAUUAUGAAUAAAAAAGGGGUGGUGAAGAGCAAUGCAAAACCCUCUAGAGUUAAGAAAGAAGAGCCCAAAGAUUCUGAAGAAGAUGAUGAGGAUGAUUUCAAGGUCGCGAAAAAGAAGGUGAAGAAGAGAAAGAAGGAAGAGGCGAAGAAGGUGGUGGCGGGGAAGAAAGGGAAGAAGAAAGGAUCAGUCGCAAAUGGGAAGAAGGAGAAGGAGAAGAAGGAGAGGAAGGUGUUUGAUUUGCCUGGGCAGAAGCAUGAUCCUCCAGAAGAAAGAGAUCCAUUAAGGAUUUUCUAUGAGUCACUCUAUCAGCAGUUGCCCAACAGUGAGAUGGCCACAAUUUGGAUGAUGGAGUGGGGAUUGCUUCCUGUAGAUGAAGCUAAGAAGGUCUAUGCGAACAAGCUAAAGAACCGGCAAAUGAAGCCAGGUUCGCCUGUUAAAGUAGUUUCUGUGAAGAAAACAGCUACCAGCUCAGUCAAAAAAGUCAAGGUAACAAACUCGAAAGACUCUGCGAAGUCAUUGAAGAAACGCAAGGCCGACAGCUCCGACGAUGAUUUCAAUUCGUCAAAAAAGAAUGCCAAGAAGCAAAAGGUGUCUAGUUAGUUACAUUUUAGUUUAGUUUUUUUUUUUUUUUUUUUUUUUUUUUUUUUUUUUCAGGUAAAGAUGUCUAGACCUUAUCUGAACUAUGCCGUAUUUUGAAUCAGGUCACCUGAAAUUUAGUAAUUUUGAUUUUACUACCAAAUUGCUAAUAUAUUUGAUUUAUUAUGCUCUAAUCAGAGUUUCACAAUUUGAUGAAAUAUUCUAGAAGUUACUGCAAAAGAAAGCUUUGAAAUUCUUAAAAGGAUUUUACAAAAUUUUCUGAGAAUUUUUCAAAAAUCAAAAGGGAUGUAAGGUAGUAAAAUCAAUUUUCUUUUUAAAGUUUAGCUACCCAUCAUGUCGUAAUGAACUAUAGUUCAAGUAAGAUUUACACAUUUUUUCCUUUUUUUACCUAUAUUUGUAGAACACGAGUCUUUCGUACUGUAGGAUGAGCUAAGACACCUCUGUUUAGUACAAUCUCAAGUGCAUUUGUACUGAUUAAGCACCUGCCGGGAAUUAGAAGGCGUGGAAUUAAAAGUGCUUUAAGAUGAGGAAUUUACGUGGAA